GCCAAUACCCAAUAAGAAGGCAAAAGAGGCAAAAAAAAAAAAAAAUGGCUUCCUCCUCUUCAACUCCCUUCCUGCCCUUCCUUCUCUUCCUUUGCGUGGCCACCGCCUUCACCAUCAAUGCCCAUGCCGACCAGAUGGCCAUCUAUUGGGGAUCACACAUGAGAAACCUGAACCAGGCUGAACUCAGGGCCACGUGCGAAACUAACCACUUCAGCCACGUGAGCUUGGCCUUCCUCACCAACUUUGGCAAUGGCCGAACUCCAAGGCCUGAUUUCGGCACCGCUUGUGAUGCCGAGACCGAUGGCUGCAGGAGUCUUCAGGAGGACAUCGCUGCUUGCCAGCAACUCGGGGUGAAGGUGCUGCUCUCCAUUGGAGGACUCGACGUGGAAAAAUACACGCUCGCAUCGGCGCAGGAGGCCCACCAGCUAGCCGCCCACAUCUACGACACGUACAUGAGCGGCAACGGCAUCGAUGGCCCCCUCGGCAAAGUGAAGCUCGACGGCGUCGACUUCUACGUCAAUGACGGCUCGACACAAGACUACUGGGACGUGUUGGCACAGGACCUGAAGCAGAUGGACGAGAACAUGAUCCUGACGGCAUCCCAAGGGUGCAACCAUAGCGCUGGCCAAGCUGACAUACCGCUCUACAAUGCACUCAAGACGGGGCUGUUCAGCAAGAUGUGGCCACGCUUCUAUGGCCAACCCUGCACCUACCAGCCGAAGGACACUUCAGCCUUUAAGGCGUCGUUGCAGAACUGGGCCACAGACUUCAGCAACAUGGACUUGUAUUUGGGGAUCGUUGCCAACCCCGACUCCGAGGAGCAACGCUGGAUCUCACCUAGGGAGCUUCCAGGUGCACUGAAGAUAGCACGCCAGCACGAGAACUUCAAAGGAGUGAUGCUGUGGAACAGGUACUUGGACGUGAAGUUCCUUGAAGAUGGCAACCGCGCGCCCUACAGUGACCUCAUAUACCGCAUCGUGAACCCCAGUAGCAAUAUCAGGAUGCGCGUUGGUUUCUGAUUCCGAAAAGCUUUGCCUAGCCUGUGUAAAGCAAGCUCCUGCUGCCUAAAUAACUAAAUAAAACACAGA